AUGGCACUAAAAGAUUAUUUACCUGAUUUCAAAGGAGCCUUAAAAGGUUUUUAUGAGGAAAAUUUGAAAGAAACCAUUGAGACUAAAACUGCUUACUAUGAGAACUUACUAAAAGAAAAUAUUACUUUUAGUCAGAAUACUCAAAAAAUAGCCAUUGCCUUAGGAAGAAAAAGAAACUUAAAAAUUAUGAGACACGCUGGCAAAGUGAUAGGCAAGAGAGCCACGAGGCUCUUAACCGAAUACAACUCUCGUUAUUUUGGAGAUAAAUUACAGCAAAAAUUAAAAGAUAAAAAUAUGCUAAACACUAAUUUAAAUAAUUCAAAUCCAACUCCUUUAUUUCAAUAUCCCCAACAAAAUUACACUUGUGAUAAAUGUGGUGGGGAAUUUCAAAAAACUAUCACCUAUUCUCCCGCUCAAAAUAAGCAGGAAUUAGGCAAGCAACCGACUUACUGUUCUAACUGUGCCGAACCUAAUUUAUUGGUUCCCGUUAAAAUUCAAAGGAGCAAAAAAGUUAAAAUCAAGAGAAAUCCCGUGGCUUAUUAUCAGUGUAUGUCGGCCUGUUGUCAACAAGGGAUUAGUCCUAAAAGAAUUACUCAAAUAGCCCAUGAAUGUAAACAUAAUAGUGCCGGUCUUUUGAGUGAGCGAACUAACGAAAUUAGAAAGUUGAAUGAGGCUUAUCAGCAAAUUGGGAUUUGGAUUACUAAUGUUAUCAGUUUAGCCAUUUUUGCGGGAUAUACCAUAGUAAUUCGUCAGAGGCAAAUUGUUUUAGAGAAAAAGAAUGGUAAAGAGCAAAAGCAAAUUGAUGAGUUGAAGAAGGAGGUUGAAUUGUUAAAACGGGGGGAUAAAAACUAG